AUGUCUCGACGGCGACCUCCUGAUCAAGGAGCAGCCGCUUCGGUCAAAUUGAUCGAGGGAGCAGGUUUAGACGACGCUGCCUUUCGCGAAGCUUACAAGUGGGACAGUAGUUACAUCCUUUUUGAGGUGUUUGGUGAUGACAACGAGGUCUUAGGCCUUGCAGUGGGCAAGGUGGACAAUGUGUGGCCGUUUGACGUGAACGGCGGUUUCGUUGAGAUCUCGUAUCUAGGUACGGAUUCGGAGUACUAUCGGUGGUUCAUUGAAAACAGAGGCAAAAAAGGCGGAUUGCCCGAGGACGUCGGUGCAUUCAUGUGCAACGAUGGGCAGAAAUCAGUCGUCAAAAAGCUAGUGAGAUCCUGCGAGAAUGGGGUUACCGUGGGCUGGCCCGUGAUUGUGAGGACCUGGAGGGGGAUUCUGAUCAUGGGGAUGUGCACACGGUGGAUGACGACGACGAUGAUGACCCACCACCUAGGUUCUCGCGAGAACGUGCUGGACCGCAUGAUGGAGGUGCCCGAGGAGGUGCCAGACAGGGAUGGUGCGGGUGUUGGCCCGCUAGAUGCUAAGCUCUCCGAUUUGAGGGGCAAGCUUCGCAGCAAGGUUGGUCGUAAGGGUGGUGGCCCUGGGAUGCUUCUAGCAGAAAAGGCUCAAUCCGCCAUGUCCGCCAAAAAGAAGAAGCGCCGAAGCAAUCAGGAGGAUGUUGUCAAGAAGUUGCGGAGGGCAUUAUCUUCGGGUCGGACAAAGGCCCGAGGAUCAACCGACCCCGGGGACGAUUGGUCAGACUCGGAAAGUGAGGACGACGAUGACCUGUAUGAGGGCAGGGGACACCAGUCUGACAUUUCGGCAAGACGCAAGAAGCUCAAGAAAAUCGCCGAAGAUCAUCCCGGAAAGCUUCUAGAGCAGGGGCUGAGUCUCAUGAAAGAACAGGUGGGUGCCACGUAUGGUGGUGGUGCCGAAGAGGAGGAGAGGCUCACCCCGGUUGUUAUGCGGUACUAUUUGAGCGUCGUCCUGCCUAAUUAUCCUGUGAAGGUGCAGGGGGAGGCCCGGGUGAGGGAAAUGCGAACACUGGCUUCCGCACUUGAUCUUCUGUGCCGGGGGAAGAUUGAUUCAGCAGCCGAUAUGCUGAUGCAGAGGUUUAAAAGCCUUUGUAUGUCGCUGCGAGACAACAGUGACCGGUUUGGGAAGUUUCUCGAGCUGUUGCCCGAUGACGUUGUGGGUACCGCCACCACUUUGGAUGAGGUUGAGUUUGCACGCACCCUUGCAGUAAAACAGGCCAAAGCGGACGAGAUAUUGGCGCGGGCUUCUGGGAAGCCGGACAGCGCAACAGAGGAAGCUCAUCAGCGCAAGGUGUCAUUCACGGAUCAGGUGGUGCAGGCCCCCAAAGUCCAGGGACAGGGUGCGAUCAGCCAAGCUCGCAAAAAUGUUCCCCGGAAGGCCGUGACGGCGGCCAGCUCCUCUCCCCUGUACAGGCUUGGCGAUCUACAGGAACAGCGCAUUGAGGCACAUGGGCAAGCAACAAAGAGCAAAGCUGGUGUCGGCCAGCGCGAUGCAAGUGUGGUGAUAGCUCCGGCAGCAUCGCAUGCGGAGACUGCAGCCCAGGCCAAGUGCUUACAGUCGAAGCAAGUGGAUUAUUCGGGUGAUGAGGUCCUCAAAGCUUUGCCUCUGAGGCUGGGCGAGCUGAUGCCGGGUCUGCCUGAGGAUGGAGUGGCUGGCUCCCUAGAUGCCAGUGCGAUUGCAGAUGACACGGUGCAGCGCUGGCUGCUUGAUCCAACUGUAACGUUAUUGGAACCUGCAUCAUGGCCUGAUCCACUGCCUGCCGCAUCUAUGAAGGUUGACCGCGAGCAUUGGUUUGAGAUUGUUGGGCUUUUGUUUAAGAAGCGCAUCCUCGUCCCUAUUGAUUUUGAGGAAAUCUUUAAGGUUCGAGGCAAACCCGUUCUUAACGGUGUGUUUGCCGUUGAGAAGAAAGGCACCCCUCUUCCAGGCGAAUUGCGUGUCACUCGUCUCAUCAUGAAUCUCGUUCCGGCAAACAGUUUACAGAAGCUGAUGGCAGGCGAUUUAGGCGAAGCGCUACUGUGGUCGGGAGACGAUCAGCGGGGAGCGUUUUACGCGUGGAUCGUGGGUCGACCUGAUGUUGACAUGAUCUACGUGGCGUCAGGGGUCAUCCCUAUGGGUUGGCUGAAUGCGGUGAGUGGCGCCGUGAUCGUCCCGUGCCCGCGGGAGCGGUGGAAGGUGGUGGUUGACGGUCUGCUGGGGAUCCUUUCCGCUCCCGUCGCUAAGAUGCUUGAGGCGGGUAUGUUCAUGCCUUCUGGAAGCCACGAGCUCCCUAAACACAACGGUCCGCGAAUUUUUUGUGUGAGUCUUUUCGAUGGGGUGGCGGCCCUGAUGGUUGCCCUUGCGCGACUAGAAUGUUGUGUGAUUGGGUAUGCCGCGUCGGAAAUGGAUAAGCAUAGCAAGCGCUUGAUUCGUACCCGGUGGCCUGGGGUUAUGGAGUUGGGGCCAGUGCAGCACAUCACCGAUCGCGUGGUUCAACAUUUGGUUGCAUGCAUCGGGUAUCGAAUCGAUUUCGUCUUGGUUGGUGCAGCGCUUUCAAACGGAAGGUCGGGUUCGCUUAGUGAUGUUGUCCGCAUCAUCAACCUCCUUAAGGAUGCAUUCGCAGUCCCCGUGCAUUUCAUGGUUGAGCAUGAUAUCAACAUGAGCGGUGAACAGCUCGUUGAGUUCAGUCGUUUGCUGGAGGUCAAGCCUUAUUUGGUCGAUGCAAAGCAUUUUACGUGGAUUCGAAAGCCAUCCCUUUUUUGGGUCUCGUGGUUUAUCACAGCUCGGGAUGGCGAGAAGUUGGUGGACCAUGAGUCCUACUCCCUGCUUUUACGGGACCUCGGUCUGGUUCUUCAGUGA